AGAUUCAAAUCCUUGGUGGUGGUGUCAUAGCAGAUCUAAAAGAGAGAAGGGGUGAUAUUACAUGAAAUGGAAAGUUCUUAUCCAGGAAAGAGUGGUGGGAUUUAGUCUUUGAGCUGCUGGUGAGCCUAUAAAGCAUAGGUAGGCAAAUUAAGGCCUGUGGGGCUGGAUCUGGCCCAAUCACCUUCUAAAUCCGGCCCGCAGACGGUCCGGGAAUUCGUGUUUUUACAUGAGUAGAAUGUGUCCUUUUAUUUAAAAUGCAUCUCUGGGUUAUCUGUGGGGCCUGCCUGGUGUUUUUAAUGAGUAGAAUGUGUGCUUUUAUUUAAAAUGCAUCUCUGGGUUAUCUGUGGGGCCUGCCUGGUGUUUUUAAUGAGUAGAAUGUGUGCUUUUAUUUAAAAUGCAUCUCUGUGUUAUCUGUGGGGCAUAGGAAUUCGUACAUUUUUCCCCCUUCUAAAUAUAGUCUGGCCCCCCACAAGGUCUGAGGAACAGUGGGCCAGCCCCCUGGGAGGGUCAGAUUGAAUUCAACUGUACCCAGGACUCAAAUGAACCACCUAUAGCUUCUUAGCUUGAUUUAUACUAAAACCUCAUUCCGCAAAUAGUUGUUGAUGCCCCAGCUCAAUAGAAGGCAUACAAUCUGUGCCAGAGGUUCCCAUUUGGUGGUCUGUGGUAUUGUUCACAUAACAAACUCUACCAUGGAGAGAUCAAAAAUUUCAAAAGUAAGGGGUCUAUGGCUUGGCUUUUGAAAAGGGGGGUCCGCUAAUUUGCAACCACUGUUCUACGUAAUAAAUAUAUUAACUCCUCCCCGUCUUCUCAGGCAACUUCUAAUUCAACUGAGAUCCAAAAACAGUUUGGGCGGCUUCUAGAUACCCUGUGCAUUGAGCAGCCAUCUGAUUUGCUUGCACAAAUUGGAAAACCAAGUUUCUCCAAGUCUGAGCUCUAGCAUAAAGGUCCAUCUCAUGCCUACCUUUCCGCUGCUGGCCUCACAUAUCACAAAGGGAGAGAAAGAGGAUGAGGUAACAACAGCACAGCCAGAAGGCAGGGUUACUUGCUGGUAAUGAUGUUAUCAUCCCAAGAAACCUCCCACUUCAUCCCCACAAGGCUUUUUCUCAAAGAUCUGCUGCUGCUGCUGUAGGCUUCCCAUUAUCUCGAGGUCAUGUACAAAAUUUUACACGAGAUCUAUUAAUCCAAGCUAACUGAUGCAGCAGCUUCCCACCCAACUUGAUACAGUCAUACCUCGGUUUAAGUACGCUUUGGUUUGAGUACUUUCAGUUUAAGUACUCCGCGGACCCGUCUGGAACGGAUUAAUCCACUUUCCAUUACUUUCCAUGGGAAAGUUCACUUCAGGUUAAGUACGCUUCAGGUUAAGUACAGACUUCCGGAACCAAUUGUGUACUUAAACCAAGGUACCACUGUAUUCAGUAUGCCUUUAAAGCUAUACACUCAGAAGUGUGGAGCAGAAGACAAGAAAUAGCCACUUUUCAGCUGGUUACAAAAGAGGUGCUGAAGAUGUUGCAGUCUUUUGUCGUUCCUCAACUCGGAAUAUGACCUUCAGUGGCUGUCAAUGCUAACCUUAAACAUGAGACAAGCAAUAUGACACACACACACACACACCAGUUUUUCUCUUGCUUGGAUUUUAAAGCAAAAUAGAGGAGAACUCGCCAUGCAUCACAUUUCCCUGUUCCAUGAAGAUAAUGCAGCUUAAGGUAAGGUUACCAGAUUUUGUUUCAAUGAAUCAGCGGACACUUUUCAACUUCCAUGGAUUUUGUCUGGGGACUGAUUGGUAAAUCCGGGGACUGUUCCCGGGAAACAGGACCUCUGAUAAGCUUAGCUUAGGGUCCUGUUCGGACAGCUACUACUGCAGUUGAACAGAGGAAACAAAAAAUGCUUCUUUUAGUCUCUGAGGUCCUCUAGUGGACAAAGUGAAUUGACUCCCAGAUUUCUUCUAUAGUACCGGGGUGCUCAAACUUUUUUCAAAGAGGGCCAGAUCUGAUGAAGUGAACAUGCCUGAGGGCCAACCCAAGUUGUUGAGCUUUGUUUUUGGAUUGAAGUUGCUGAACUUUUUUUAGGAUUGAAAUGGCUGACCUUUUCUUUGGAUUUCCCCCCGGGACAUAUACUACCACAGGGGCCAGAUUAAAUCGACUGGCGGGCUGGAUUAGGCCGCUGAAACAGACUUUGGACAUGCCUGGUCUAAAAGUUUAAGUUGCGGAGAGGAAAUGGAGGGCAGUCAAAGGUGGUGUUACAUAUUUAAAGUGAAGGGGUUUGUGUGUACAGUAAUCUUCUAAGCUUUUGUUGUUACCAAAUUCACAUAUGAGUAAUGAGACUCUCUAACAGCACUGAUCCUGUUCACUGUUCCUACCCAGGUCCACCAAGAAAAAGGGCCCCCAACUUCCAAACUGCGUUGCAGCUGCCAAUGUUUGUACCGUGCAUCGUGGGACUCCCUGAAAUAUCAAAACAGCCUCCUCUUGAAAGAUGGUAUAAGAUGACACUAUAGAGAGAAGGAAGAAAAUAAAUUUUAAGUCAAUAAAGAUUGCCAGUAACUGCCGAGAAGAGGAAGGCAUGGGGCAGAGAUACUGGGUCCGAGCUAUGAAGUGUCAGCUGCUGGUGGCCAGCUUCUUUGUGAUGGUGCUUGGGGUCUCCAUCACCAUACUGACCAUUAUCACCUACUAUGGGAAGCACUUCACGGUCAUCAGUGAGGUCUCUUUGGAGACAAACCUCUACAAAAGAACAUUUCUUCACCGUGGAGUUUUUUAUGCUGGGAUAUGCCUGAGCAUCCUUCUGAUCGUCGCUGCCCUACUGAGUGUUGUUGCCACGGUGAGAGAACUGGAGAGUGCCAUGGCAGCGGUUUUUUUCUGUUUCGGAGUGGUUUUCUGUGCAUCGGUAAAGGCCACGUAUUGGUCAAUUACUAACGGUAUUGUGGCUGAAGAUGCCAUGAUGGAUGCGUAUGACAUCGUGUAUGAAGAUGUAAGAAGCAACUCUUCCAACACCAGGAGACAGGAGCUACAUGCCAUCCACAAAACGUUUCUCUGUUGUGGGAAAAAGCCACCCUUUGGAGAAGCAAGCAGGAUUGAAAAAGAGAUGUGCCAAUCAGAAACUCUGGGAACGACAGAAAAGGAUUGCCUAGAAGAGAUCCAAAACUUCCUGAAAAAACAUAUGACUUUUGUCUCUGUGCUGAUGACCAUUACAAUUUUCUUCAUGGUUUAUGGGAUGAGCUUAACUUUGUUCCUCUGGUACGCCAUCCACUUUAAGAAGAGUUUGGAUCGGAAGGGCAAAUACACGCUGCCAAAGCAAUAGGAAUUUGGCUUUAGAUUUCUGCACCACCAGAGGAAAAGAGCAAGACUGUUGGAGACUCUGAGAAACUGGAAUUUGUGCCACAACUGUGGGUGGAUGCUGGGCGGUCCUAAUCAAUCCCCCACUAACGCACACAAAAAUGUGCCAUCCCGGAUGUGACUGUGAACUCCCAUGAUGCAACCAAGACAGCUGCAGCAUCUGUCAACAAAGACUGACUAAAGUGAUGACCAGGCAGCAGAAACACACAAUGCUGAGUGGAAACAUGGAGGCAGGGUAUAAACCAGGAACGAAGGACUUGCCCAGCCACAAGUGUGUUUGCCAACUGAAAGCCAUCAUUUAGAGCCCCCAAAAUAGCUAGUCAAAACAGAACAACACACCCCAGUGAAAAGUAAACUCAAGGAAAUGGAAAUUACUUGGUUCAAUAACCAGUAAGAAUAUUUUAAGGCUCAGGAGAGAGAGAAAACUGCAGCUUGCUUUACAUUAUUAUUUUAAGCAGUUUUAUAGCCGUUUCUGAACAUAAAUCAGACCCUAUUUGCAUAUUUUUGUAAGCUUUCUUGGUUUGAAUACAUGAAGAUGCUCUAAAUAGGGAAGAACCCAUUUGUUUAACACACAUGCACAAUUGUGACAGAAAUGGGUGCUCUUAAGUUCUAUUAGGCCUAUGCUGCACCCCACCCAAAUGUAGUCAUGAUGAGUAAAGCCGGAAUCCUAAACACGGUCACUGAAGAGUAAGCUCCACUGAAUGUAACGUGAUUUAUUUCCAUGAUUUACUUUACUUAGUCAUGAUGAGUAACUUAAGUUCAGUUGUGGCCAAUGGAAUUUACAGCUCAGCCCAAUUCCCAUUAAUUUCAGUACAAAUUGCUCCUGGUUAACUGUGUAUAGGAUUGCAAUAUUAAUCAUAACUAACUUUAGCUGGCUAUGCUGUUUGGAAAUGUAGAUCUUAAAUGGUAACUAUGCAAGUUGUAAUACCCUGUGCCUCCAGGUAAGCUCUAGAAUGAGAACAGCACAAACUAGGAAUAUGCUUUUAUUCUUUUGAUUUAAUACCAAAGUCAUUCCUUUUAUAUUACUCUGAAUUCCUGUAAAUAAAA